UGUCAAAUGGUAAGACGGUUGAUGGGUCAUGACAAGAAAAGAUUUUCAAGAAUUAUGGAAGGGGAGGGGGUUGGUCUUGAUUUUGGUCAUGGCUUCAUUGUUACACAGGAAAACAUGCACAGUUUCCUCCGAGGAAUGCUUUCUUCCACUCGAUGCACCAACCUCUCUCCUUCCUUUUUUAUCAUGAUUAGUUGUUGUUUGUCCUAAACCUUCUCUUAACCUGCCUAGCAGUGGCAGCUACUCUUCUCCCCUGAUCUUCCCCUAUUCUUAACAUCUUGCAACCCACCUUCCCCAUUUAGGACAGGAUGGCCUCCUGUACCACUCUACCUGUCUUCCUUGGCCUCCUGUCUCUUCUUAUAUUCCUCUCCCCCAUCCCCAACACUGUAGCUGCCACCGCUUCCUCCUACUCUGGCGGAAUCCGCCUCGGCAUUAUCCGAAAACCUUCCUCCCAUGUCCCAACUUUCCGGCAAGCCCCUGCAUUUUGCAAUGGAGAUUCCUGUGGAAACGAGAGAAUUCACGUUACCAUGACGCUUGACGCCAAUUACCUCAGAGGCACUAUGGCUGCAGUUUUAUCCAUUAUCCAGCAAUCAGCUUGCCCUGAAAACGUUGAGUUCCACUUCUUCUGGGGACGUUUCGAGCCCCAUGUCCUUUCCAACAUCAAGUCCACCUUCCCUUACCUUGAGUUCAGAACCUACCGCUUUGACUGCAACCGUGUUCGUGGCAAGAUAUCUAAAUCAAUCCGUCAAGCCCUGGAUCAGCCUUUAAACUAUGUAAGAAUUUACCUUGCUGACAUACUUCCAUCAGACGUUAAACGCAUUAUUUAUCUAGACUCCGAUCUCGUUGUUGUUGGUGAUAUUGCAAGAUUAUGGGAGAUUGAUUUAAAGGGAAAGGUUUUGGGUGCACCAGAAUAUUGUCAUGCAAAUUUUACCAAGUACUUCACUGAAUUGUUCUGGUCCAAUCCUGUUUGGGCUAAGACAUUUCAAGGAAAAAGGCCAUGUUAUUUUAACACAGGAGUUAUGGUGUUGGAUGUAGAAAUGUGGAGGCAAGGAGAUUAUACACAAAAAGUUGAGGACUGGAUGGAAGUGCAAAAGCAUAAGAGGAUAUAUCACUUGGGGUCAUUGCCGCCAUUUCUGUUGGUUUUGGCUGGGAAUAUAAAAAGGGUGGAUCAUAGAUGGAACCGACAUGGGUUAGGGGGUGAUAAUAUUGAAGGGAAGUGCAGGAAUUUGCAUCCUGGACCUAUUAGUUUGCUUCAUUGGAGUGGGAAAGGGAAGCCAUGGUUAAGAAUUGAUUUGAGAAAGCCAUGUUCUGCGGAUUAUCUUUGGGCUCCAUAUGAUCUCCAUCACUCAUCAACAGAUUCUUUGGAAGAACAAUGAGAUUGAUCGAGGAGAUGGAGAAUUGCACAAAUUGAAAGUGUAGUUUAGGAGAUGGAAGAACAUGAUAACAGGCAAAGAAAAAACAAAAAAUCAUUCUUUUAAAAUUAUUUUAACAGUGUUCCUUUGGUUCUGAGAUAGGGUAUUACGAAAAAGAAUGGAAAGGAAAAUGAGAAACCCCUGUACUGAAGCAUUGUUGUAAUUAUAUAAGAGGGGGAGAACGUUGUUUGGGUUCUAGCAUAGGUAGUUCUCACAAGCAGCAUGGACAUUAAUUUGAAGGUCUCUUUAAUGGAUUCCACUGGAAGAUUUUUAAGUUUUGUACCAAUGAUGGUUUCACAGUCCAUCUGCAAAUGAUAAUUAUAUAUUUACAUGGCCCUCUGAAUAACUUUUCUGUAUAUUACUAG